AUGUCCUCCUUCAACACGCCCUGGUUCAACAGCCAGGAAUCCAAUUUCUUCAAUGUCCUCAACAAGACCAAGAUCCCGCACGUAGUCCUCUGCGCCGAGACAGAAGACUUCGACGAAGAACUCAUCCAGACCUGGACCGAUGAAGGCUUUCAUACCGUCUACUGUCCGCUCCUCAAUGGCGGCGAGAACUUCAUCAAGCGAGUCCAUACCAUUGGCGAUAACUUUGGAGUAUCAGAACAAUACGCCAUAGCAGCCUAUGGAACCGCAGCAAACCUGAUCCUUCAAGCUCACACCAAACCCAACAAUCCCCGUCUCAUCGCAAUCGUGGCCUACUACCCCUCAAUAAUCCCUUCAGUCCACACAAAAUAUCCCGCCUCAGUCCAAGUCCUAGUCCAUCUAGCCGGCCCAGAAAUCAGCGUAGAAAAGCACCCAGAAGUCGUAGGAAUCCAAGGCAAACGCAAAAACGUGAAAAAACGCAUCGACCCCGGCAUCGGGUACGGCGAACGUCUCAACAUCUCCUUCAAAACCUACACCUAUACCGGCAGCCAACCAGGUUUCGCAGAAAGUGAUCUCGACGAAUACGACCCCGUCGCAGCAAAUCUCGCCUUCACCCGAACCCUCACAACCGUACGCAAAGGCUUUCGAAUCGAAAACGACAUCGAAGCAGUACGAGACCAUCACGUAAAAUUUCUGCACAACGCCCAAGAAGAAAAAGCUCUGAAACAACUCCGUCCAUACGCACAUGUUAUCAAUACCCCGACUCUGACCGGCGGAAUCGGUUCCGAAGACCUGGAAGAAUUCUAUAAGAAUUAUUUCACACCGAUUCCUGAAAAUCCAGAUAAAUCCCUCCAACUGCGCUUACUAUCCCGAACGAUCGGCACAGAUCGAAUCGUCGACGAAUUGUAUUUAUCGUUGACGCAUUCUCAAGAAAUCGAUUGGUUACUCCCGGGGAUUCCGGCGACGGGGAGGAGAAUCGAGGUUGCGAUUGUGAGUAUUUUUCAUGUGAGAGGUGAGAAGUUGGAGAGUGAACAUGUUUAUUGGGAUCAGGCGAGUGUGCUGGUACAAGCGGGACUCUUGGAUCCUAAGGUUGUGCCGCAGAGUAUGAAGAAGAAUGGGGUAAAGGAGUUACCGGUUGUAGGUGCUGAGGGGGCGAGGGCGAUUAAGAGGGGGAGUACGAGGAAGAUAAAUGAGUUGAUUCCGGAUUGGUGA